UAGAGCGGUGACUGGACCCUGAGGACCUGCUUGUUCGCUGCUCCCAUCCCGCCGCCUCAUCCCGCGUGCUCCACUCCGCUCCCCUCCACCGAGCCGUCCACCCGGCGUCAUGCAUCCCGCGCACCCCGCGCUCUGGGCGGCUGCGCUCACUGCCCUCACUCUGCUCCGCGGACCGCCGGUGGCGCGGGCUGGCGCGGGCGCGGUGGGCGCGGGCCCCGUGGUGCGCUGCGAACCGUGCGACGCGCGUGCGCUGGCCCAGUGCGCGCCUCCGCCCACCGCGCCCGCGUGCACGGAGCUGGUGCGAGAGCCCGGCUGCGGCUGCUGCCUGACUUGCGCGCUGCGCGAAGGCGACGCGUGCGGCGUCUACACGGAGCGCUGUGGCACCGGCCUCCGCUGCCAGCCGCGGCCCGCGGAGCAGUACCCGCUGAGAGCGCUGCUGAAUGGCCGCGGGUUCUGCGCCAACGCCAGCGCUGCAGGCAGCCUGAGCACCUACCUCCCCUCCCAACCUGCUCCAGGAAACGCCAGUGAGUCCGAGGAGGAGCACAAUGCUGGGAGUGUGGAAAGCCAGGUUGUCCCCAGCACACACCGAGUGACCGAUUCCAAGUUCCAUCCACUCCAUGCCAAGAUGGAUGUCAUCAAAAAGGGCCACGCCAGGGACAGCCAGCGCUACAAAGUGGACUACGAGUCUCAGAGCACAGACACCCAGAACUUCUCCUCUGAGUCUAAGCGGGAGACAGAAUACGGUCCCUGCCGCAGAGAAAUGGAGGACACACUGAAUCAUCUGAAGUCCCUCAAUGUGCUGAGUCCCAGAGGCGUCCACAUCCCAAACUGUGACAAGAAGGGGUUCUAUAAGAAGAAGCAGUGCCGCCCUUCCAAAGGCAGAAAGCGGGGCUUCUGCUGGUGUGUGGACAAGUAUGGGCAGCCCUUGCCAGGCUACGACACCAAGGGGAAAGACGACGUACAUUGCCUCAGUGUGCAGAGCCAGUAGAUGCUCCGUGCCGUAUAACGUGGAGCUCAAAUACGCCUUAUUUUGCACAAAAGACUGCCAACAACAUGAUCAGCAGCUGGCUACAGCCUUGAUUUAUAUUUCUUUUUUUUUUUUUUUUUUUUUUUGGUCAAUUUGG